AUGCAUAUCUUUCCGCCCAAUUUGCACCCGAAAAAUGCAGGGCCGUCUGAUAGAAACGCCAACGUAGUUAACUGGGGAUUAGCAACGGUGGCUAAAGAUUUUCUUGCUAAUGGUACCACGGUUCUUCUUCUCGACGGCGACGUGCUUCCCUUGAGCCCUUUCGACUCUCAAACACUGUUAAAUUCACGUGAUAUGGUCUGUCGAAAGCAUCCGGCUCCGCUUUCCAGAUACUGUUGGAUUGGAUUUAUUUGUUUGGCACCACAACUAUUCAGCACACUCGACGAUUUUAACGUUUCGCCAAUCAUGCGAAGUAAUCGAGCCUAUGAUUCGGGUGGCCGAACAAUUGAAUAUCUAUUGAAAUAUCGAAACGUAUCAUUUUCUUGGAUGAAAGAGACUAUCUUACUUCAUACUGAUGAGGGACUAUUCUGGGGUGCAGUCGAUGUCGACAUUAAAUGGGUCGAACAUCACUUUGAUCGUUGUGAUAAAUGUGGGCCCGAAGUCUUCUUAUCGGCUGAUAAUGAUGCAGUCUUCUAUCACAUGAUCAGUGGAACUUCAAAUUGGAGAUUUCCAGAUCAACAACAACGUAGCCAAUCACUGCAUGACUCUCUCAUGCGAUCGCCCUAUGGACCUACUCGACAGUUCUCGAUGCUUGAACUGAUUGCGUCAGUGCGAAAAGUACAGAAGAUGGACAUGAUACCUUUUCAUGGAAAUUUAACCUGUUCAACCAUUUGUCGAGGUUAA